ACGGGGAGGGGAACGGAAACAGGACCUGGAACGAGAACGAGACCUUUCCUCUCAGAGGCCCGCCCGUUACAGAGCUCCGGCCUGAGUGUACUCAAACGCGAAGCGCCUUUCCCUUACCGCUGGCUGCAGAAUAGCGCCAUCCCCUUCUGCGCGGUGCUUGACGGCAUGCUGUAUUAGCACUGUCGCACGGCAGCUGCCAAUAGCGAGCCGCGCUCGCCGGAGGCGGCCGCAAAGCGCGGGCGAGGCGGCACGUGUGAGUGCUGCCACAAUGGAAACCAAGGAUAAAAGGAAGUUUGUGGGGAAGAGUGGAAAAGGGCCUUAUGGGAAAGCACCACAUGGGAAGAGGAAAUUUAAAAAAGAUAAUGAUUCAGGUCCACCAAAGAAACUCCUCAAGAAAGGAGAUGGGGAGGGAAAGCCUAAAUCAAUUUCCAAGAAAUUUGUGAAAGGACAUUUAAGACCUGGAAGAGCUACUGUCAAACAGUUCAAGAAUAAACAGCAAUCAGAAAAGUUUGCAAAGAAGAGGAAGCUCCAGGAUGGAGAAGAGGGAGGGUUGGAUACUAAGAAGCCAAAGUGGAAUGACUUCAAAAAGAAAAGGAAGGAAUUAAAGCAAACCAGACAACUUAAUGAUAAAAGUAACUAUGACAUAAUUGUGAAAUCGAAGCAAAUAUGGGAAAGUGUGAGAAGGAAGAAGUGUGAUAAGGAGAAGCGAGAAAAGCUCAUGAAUGAACUACAGAAGCUUCUUCAUGGAAAAAUUAAAAGUCUGGCGUUUGCACAUGAUUCAACUCGAGUGAUCCAGUGCUUUAUUCAGUAUGGUAAUGAAAAGCAAAGGCAAGAGACAUUUGAAGAACUGAAAGAUAGCUUAGUAGAGUUGAGCAAGUCAAAAUAUUCCAGAAAUAUUGUGAAGAAGUUCCUUAUGUAUGGGACAAAACCACAAGUUGCAGAAAUAAUAAAAAGUUUUAAAGGCCAUGUGAAAAAAAUGCUCCGUCAUGCUGAAGCUUCUGCUAUCGUGGAAUAUGCAUAUAAUGACAAAGCCAUUCUGGAGCAGAGGAAUAUGCUGACAGAAGAGCUAUAUGGGAAUACUUUCCAGGUUUACAAGACACCAGUUGUCCCAACACUGGAUAAAGUGUUAGCAGCUCAGCCUGAAAAGAGAGAGGCCAUCUUGGAUGAAAUGAAACAGAUUCUUACACCAAUGGCACAAAAAGAGGCUGUGAUAAAACACUCACUGGUGCAUAAAGUAUUUUUGGACUUUUUCACUUACGCUCUUCCAAAACAAAGAUCUGAAAUGAUAGAAGCUAUCAGAGAGGCUGUCAUCUACCUGGCACACACUCACGAUGGAGCCCGAGUAGCGAUGCAUUGCUUAUGGCAUGGUACUCCCAAGGACAGAAAAGUAAUUGUGAAAACUAUGAAGACAUAUAUUGAAAAAAUAGCAACGGGUGAGUUUUCUCAUCUGGUCUUGCUGGCAGCAUUUGAUUGCAUCGAUGACACUAAACUUGUGAAACAGUUAAUUAUAUCAGAAAUAAAUGCUGCUUUACCCAAUAUAAUAAACAACAAGUACGGAAAGAAGGUCUUGUUGUACUUGCUAAGUCCUAGAGACCCUGCACAUUUUGUUCCAGAAAUUAUCACACUUCUGCAACAGGGAGAUGGAAAUGCCUAUAGUAAGAAGAAUACUGAACUCCGCCGUCGUGAACUCCUGGAAGCCAUUUCCUCACCUCUGCUAGAAUAUUUGCAAGAACAUACACAAGAAGUAGUCAUAGACAAAGCUACCUUUGUCUUGGUUGCUGAUAUCUUAAGAACAGCUGCUGGUGACAUCCAGCCUGCACUAGAUGCAAUUGCUAAUUUAGCAGCAGAAGAGCUUGUUCCAGGUGGCUGUGAUGGGCAGCUUCACAUUGCAGAGCAUCCAGCAGGCCAUCUAGUUUUGAAAUGGUUAAUAGAGCAAGAUGAAAAAAUGAGGGAGAGUGGAAAAGAAGUUUGCUUUGGAAGAACACUGCUGGAACGUGUUGGUAUUGAGAAUAUGAAGACCUGGGCUGAAGUAAAUCGAGGUGCCAUUAUUCUUUGUUGCCUUCUCCGGAGCACCGAUCAAAAAGUGGCAAAUACAGUCAAAAAAGGACUGAAAAAACUUGUCCCAAAGUUGAAGCUAAAUAAAAAUGUAAAAGGAAUAGAAGCAUUACUGGAGAAAUUGACUUCCUAGUGUAAAUGAAGCUAAAAAGACAAUUUACAUCAGUGCAACCAACUGAGAUUUUACAUCAUGGUUGUUUUAAAACAUGGUAUAUGCAUUUGUAAAUUAAAUAAUUUCUAAACCA